GAUCUGACGUAAAAUUCAACCCGGUCUUCUUUGCCUAUGCUCUCAUCACCGGAAGCGAUGUCGUCCUUUAUAUCGAGGAGAUCAAACUAUCUAAAGAAGUAAAAGAUCAUCUGGGGCCUGAUGUAAAGUAUCGGCCUUACAACGCUAUCUUUGACGAUUUACAAAAAUUAUCGGAAACUUUGAAGAGCGAAAACCAGAAACUUCUUAUUAGCACUCGAACAAGUUACGCUCUAGCGAAGGCCGCUGGUGAAGGUAAUGUUGAAGAAACUCGUUCGCCACUCGCUGAAGCCAAGGCUAUCAAAAACGAAGUUGAAUUGGAAGGCAUGAGACAAUGUCAUUUGAGAGACGCAGCUGCAGUGAUUAAUUAUUUUGCGUGGCUGGAAGAACAACUUGCGGAAGGCAAAGUGUUUAAUGAAAUCGAUGGAUCCAAUCGUCUGGAAAAAUUUAGAGCAGAACAAAGCGAUUUUGUCGGCCUCUCUUUUGACACCAUUUCCGCUUCGGGUCCCAACGGAGCCAUCAUACAUUACAAACCAGAGCCUGAAACCUGUGCUGUAAUUGAUCCGAAACUAUUGUACCUUUGUGAUUCUGGUGGUCAAUACAAAGAUGGUACAACCGAUGUGACACGUACAGUUCAUUUUGGUACCCCGACCGAGCAAGAAAAACGCGCAUUUACGCGAGUUCUCCAGGGACAUAUUUCUAUUGAUAGGGCAAUAUUUCCUAAGAACACAACGGGUUUUCUGCUGGAUGUUCUUGCAAGAGCAGCACUCUGGAGAGAUGGUUUAGAUUAUCUGCACGGAACUGGGCAUGGUGUAGGAUGUUUUUUGAAUGUGCAUGAGGGUCCACAAGGUAUUGGCACUCGAAUUGCUUUCAAUGAUGUACCACUUCAGGUUGGCAUGACAGUAACCAAUGAGCCUGGUUACUAUGAAGACGGUAAAUUCGGUAUUCGUAUUGAAACUGUGCUACUCGUCCGCGAGGUUAAAACCCCUAAUAAUUUUGGAGACCGCGGCUAUUUAGGAUUUGAGCAUAUUACGUUUGUUCCAAUUCAAACAAAGCUCAUUGAUACUAAUCUCUUGAAUCCUACUGAACAUAAGUGGAUCAAUGAUUUUAACGCGGAAUGCCUAAAAAAAGUUGGUCCAUUAUUGAAACCAGAUAGCCCUGGACUUCGCUGGUUAGAAAGAGAAACUGCACCAUUGAGUUCUUUAUUGUAA